CGGAGGCGGUGCAGGCGGUUGGGGGGGCGGUGCUGCCGGGGUGCCGCCCUCGCCCCGCCUCCGUGCCGCCCGCGCUCCCACCCUCCGCCUGGGAGCUGCGUCCCGUCCUGUCCAGUCCGAUCCGCGGCGCGGCCCGGCCCGUGCGCUUGCUCCAGCCGCCUUCCGCCGUCCGUCCCCGCCAUGGCCAGCCUGUGGCUGUCCCGCCCGGCCCCGCUGCGGCCGCUGCUACUGCUCCUGGUGGUGACCGCGCGCGCCCUGCACGGCGCCGACGGGACGUGCCCGGAGCGCGCGCUGGAGCGGCGGGAGGAGGAGGCGAACGUGGUGCUCACGGGCACAGUGGAGGAGAUCCUCAACGUGGACCCUGUGCAGCACACGUACUCGUGCAAGGUUCGGGUCUGGCGGUAUUUGAAGGGCAAAGAUGUGGUGACUCAGGAGAGCCUACUGGAUGGUGGCAACAAGGUGGUGAUUGGUGGCUUUGGAGACCCCCUCAUCUGUGACAACCAGGUGUCCACUGGGGACACAAGGAUCUUCUUUGUGAACCCUGCACCCCCGUACCUGUGGCCAGCCCACAAGAAUGAGCUGAUGCUCAACUCCAGCCUCAUGCGCAUCACCCUGCGGAACCUGGAGGAGGUGGAGCACUGUGUAGAAGACAAACCCGGGACCCACUUCACACCAGUGCCCCCAACACCUCCGGACGCCUGCCGGGGGAUGCUGUGUGGCUUUGGCGCCGUGUGUGAGCCCAGUGUGGAGGAUCCCGGCCGAGCCUCCUGCGUGUGCAAGAAGCGGCCCUGUCCCGGGGUGGUGGCGCCGGUGUGCGGCUCUGACGCCUCCACCUAUAGCAACGAGUGUGAGCUGCAGCGGGCGCAGUGCAGCCAGCAGCGGCGCAUCCGCCUGCUCUCCCACGGGCCCUGCGGGCCCCGCGACCCCUGCUCCAACGUGACCUGCAGCUUCGGCAGCACCUGCGCGCCCUCCGCCGAUGGACAGAGAGCCACGUGCCUGUGCCCUGCCUCCUGCCGGGGGACUCCUGGGGGCCCCGUGUGCGGCAGUGACGGUGCUGACUAUCCCAGCGAGUGCCAGCUCCUGCGCCAGGCCUGCGCCCGCCAGGAAAACAUCUUCAAGAAGUUCGACGGCCCUUGUGACCCCUGCCAGGGUGCCCUCAGCGACCCGAGCCGCAUCUGCCGCGUGAACCCUCGAACCCGGCGUCCCGAGAUGCUGCUCCGGCCAGAGAGCUGCCCGCCCCGGCAGGCGCCUGUGUGUGGGGACGACGGAGUCACCUAUGACAGCGAGUGCGUCAUGGGCCGCACAGGGGCCGCGCGCGGCAUCCUCCUCCAAAAAGUGCGCUCCGGACAGUGCCUGCCUCGAGACCAGUGUCCAGACACCUGCAGGUUCAAUGCCAUGUGUUUGGUCCGCCGAGGCCGGCCCCGCUGCUCCUGUGACCGCAUCGUCUGCGAUGGGGCCUACAGACCCGUGUGCGCCCACGACGGGCACACCUAUGACAAUGACUGCCGGCGCCAGCAGGCGGAGUGCCGGCAGCAGCGCACUGUCCCCCCCAAGCACCAGGGCCCUUGUGACCCGCCCCGGUCCCCGUGCCUUGGGGUGCAGUGCCUGUUUGGGGCGGUGUGUGUCGUCAAGAACGGGGGAGCCGAGUGCGUGUGCCAGCAGGCCUGUCCAGGCGUCUACGCUCCCGUGUGCGGCACCGACGGCGUCACGUAUGGCAGCGCCUGCGAGCUGGAGGCCACGGCCUGCACCCUCGGGAGGGAGAUCCGGGUGGCUCGCAGAGGACCCUGUGACCGCUGCGGGCAGUGCCGCUUUGGAGCCCUGUGUGAGGCGGAGACUGGGCGCUGCGUGUGCCCCUCCGGGUGCGUGGCCCUAGCCGAGCCCGUGUGUGGCUCAGACGGGCACACGUACGCCAGCGAGUGUGAGCUGCAUGUCCACGCCUGCACACACCAGAUUAGCCUGCAUGUGGCCUCGCCUGGACCGUGCCAGACCUGUGGAGACACGGUGUGUGCCUUCGGGGCAGUGUGCUUGGCGGGGCAGUGUGUGUGUCCCCGGUGUGAGCGUCCCCCACCCAGCCCCGUGUGUGGCAGCGACGGCGUCACCUACCGCAGCGCCUGUGAACUCCGUGAGGCCGCCUGCCAGCAGCAGACACAGAUCGAGGAGGCCCGGGUGGGGCCCUGUGAGCAGGCCGAGUGUGGCUCCGGAGGCUCCGGCUCCGGGGAGGACGGCGAGUGUGAGCAGGAGCUGUGCCGGCAGCGCGGUGGCGUCUGGGACGAGGACUCGGAGGAUGGGCCGUGCGUCUGCGGCUUCCGCUGCCAGGGUGUCCCAAGGAGCCCGGUCUGUGGCUCCGAUGGUGUCACCUAUGGCACGGAGUGCGAGCUGAAGAAGGCCCGCUGUGAGUCCCAGCGAGAGCUGCACGUGGUGGCUCCAGGAGCCUGCCAAGGCCCCACUAUGGCCCCGAGGCCACCGGCAGUCCCCCUGCACUGCACCCAGACCCCCUUCGGCUGCUGCCAGGAUAACGUCACUGCUGCCCGGGGUGUGGGCCUGGCUGGCUGCCCCGGCAUGUGCCAGUGCAACCCGCAUGGCUCCUACAGUGGCACCUGUGACCCAGGCACGGGCCAGUGCUCCUGCCGCCCGGGUGUAGGUGGCCUCAAGUGUGACCGCUGUGAGCCUGGCUACUGGAACUUCCGUGGCAUCGUCACUGAUGGCCGGAGUGGCUGCACCCCUUGCAGCUGUGACCCCCGGGGUGCUGUGCGGGACGACUGUGAGCAGAUGACCGGGCUGUGCUCCUGUAAGCCAGGGGUGGCUGGGCCCAAGUGCGGGCAGUGUCCAGGCGGCCGCGCCCUGGGCCCCUCUGGCUGUGAGACAGACUCCUCGGCCCCCAAGACUUGUGCUGAGAUGCACUGUGAGUUCGGGGCGUCCUGUGUGGAGGAGGCUGGCUCCGCCUACUGCAUGUGUCCAACACCCAUCUGUCUGGGGGCGAAUGCUACCAAGGUCUGUGGGUCGGAUGGAGUCACCUAUGGCAACGAGUGUCAGCUGAGGACCAUUGCCUGCCGCCAGGGCCUGGACAUCUCCAUCCAGAGCCUCGGCCCCUGCCAGGACUCUCCUCUCCUUGCAGAGGCCGUUGCUCCUGGCGCCCACCCAGCACCCACAUCUGCGGCCACCUCAGGGCACCGUCUGAGUGAGGCGCUCCCGCCCAGCACCCGUGCUCCAGCCCCCAGCAUCGCCCCGCAUAGCCAGCCCAUCCUUCGACCCUCGCCACAACCUCAGACCACCGCCAGCAUCCCUCAGACCACCUGGAGGCCUACACUGACCAUGCCCCCCACAGCACCCUCCGUGGCAGCUGGGCUUGCCACGUCCGCCUUCAGUGAAUCGGGCAGCGCUGACGGGAGUGGUGACGAGGAGCUGAGUGGGGACCUGGAGGCCAGUGGGGCCGGCUCAGGGGGACUUGAGCCCCCUGGGGGCGGCAGCGCUGUGACCCCGGGGCCACCCAUCGAGAAGGCUUCGUGCUAUAACUCACCUUUGGGCUGCUGCUCAGAUGGCAAGACACCCUCACUGGAUGCAGAGGGCUCCAACUGUCCUGCCACCAAGGUGUUCCAGGGUGUGUUGGAGCUUGAGGGGGUCGACGGGCAGGAGCUGUUCUACACCCCAGAGAUGGCCGACCCCAAGUCGGAGCUGUUUGGGGAGACGGCCAGGAGCAUCGAGAGCGCACUGGAUGACCUCUUCCGGAACUCGGACGUUAAGAAGGACUUCUGGAGUGUCCACCUGAGAGACUUGGGGCCUGGCAACGCUGUCCGGGCCAUUGUGGACGUGCACUUUGACCCCACCACGAGCUUCAGGGCCCCUGAUGUGGCCCGGGCCCUGCUCCGGCAGAUCCAGGCAUCGAGGCGCCGGUCCCUUGGGGUGCGCCGGCCCCUGCAGGAGCACGCACGCUUCAUGGACUUCGACUGGUUUCCUGCACUCUUCACCGGGGCCACCCCUGCUGCAGCCACGGCCAGGGCCACCACCUCCGCGUUUCCCGCGGUGACCCCUCGGGCCCUCUACCCCAGUCACACGAGCCGGCCCAUCAGCAGGACCACGGCGUCCCCCACCACACGACGGCCGCCCACCACAGCCCCCCAUCGCACGCAGCGGCCCCCGAGGCCCUGCGACUCCCAGCCCUGCCUCCAUGGGGGAACCUGCCAGGACCGGGACUUGGGCGGAACCUUCACCUGCAGCUGCCCAGCCGGCAGGGGGGGCACCAUCUGUGAGGAGGCACUGCGCCCCUCGGUGCCAUCCUUUGGGGGCCACUCCUUCCUGGCCUUCCCGACCCUCCGAGCCUACCACACGCUGCGCCUGGAGUUGGAGUUCCGCGCGCUGGAGCCGCAGGGGCUGCUGCUCUACAACGGAGGGGCCCGCGGCAAGGACUUCCUGGCGCUGGCCCUGGUGGGGGGCCGAGUGCAGCUCAGAUUUGACACAGGUUCCGGACCCUUGGUGCUGACCAGCACAGUGCCUGUGGAGCCUGGCCGGUGGCACCGCCUGGAGCUGUCCCGGCACUGGCGCCAGGGGAAUCUCUCAGUGGACGGCGAGCCCCCUGUCCUGGGCCAGAGCCCCAGUGGCACCGAUGGCCUCAACCUGGACACAGAGCUCUUUGUGGGUGGUGUCCCAGAGGACCAGGCCUCUGUGGUGCUCGAGCGGACAUCUGUGGGUGUCGGCCUCAAGGGCUGCAUCCGCCUGCUGGACGUCAACAACCAGCGCGUGGAGCUCAGCAACUGGCCAGGGGCUGCUACCAGAAGCUCCCGUGUGGGCGAGUGUGGGGCCCACCCCUGCCUGCCCAGCCCCUGCCUCGGGGGUGCCCCGUGCCGGGCCCUGGAGGCCGGCGUGUUUCACUGUCAGUGCCCUCCGGGCCGCUUCGGCCCGACCUGUGCGGAAGAGAAGAACCCCUGUGAGCCGAACCCCUGCCAAGGGGCCGCCCCCUGCCGUGUGCUGCCGGUGGGAGAGGCCGAGUGCCAGUGCCCCCUGGGCCGGGGGGGCACUCUCUGCCAAACAGUCUCGGCACGGAACGAUCCCCGGCCCUUCCUCGCUGACUUCAGUGGCUUCUCCUACCUGGAGCUGAAAGGCCUGCACACUCUUGACCGGGACCUGGGGGAGAAGAUGGCACUGGAGGUGGUGUUCCUGGCCAGGGGCGCCAGCGGUCUGCUCCUGUACAACGGGCAGAAGACGGACGGCACAGGGGACUUCGUGUCGCUGGCGCUGCGAGACGGCCACCUGGAGUUCCGUUACGACCUGGGCAAGGGGGCAGCAGUCAUCAGGAGCAAGGAGCUGGUGCCCCUGGGCACCUGGACCAGGGUGUCCCUGGAGCGAAACGGCCGCAAGGGUGCCAUGCGUGUGAGCGACAGGCCCCGUGUGCAGGGCGAGUCCCCGGUGUCCCACACCGUCCUCAACCUGAAGGAACCGCUCUACCUGGGCGGGGCUCCUGACUUCAGCAAGCUGGCCCGGGCUGCCGCAGUGUCCUCUGGCUUCGAUGGCGUCAUCCAGCUGGUCUCUCUGAAAGGCCACCAGCUGCUGACCCAGGAGCAUGUGGUACGGGCAGUGGACGUCUCCUCCUUUGCCGACCACCCAUGUACCCAGGCCUCGGGACAUCCCUGCCUCAACGGGGCCUCCUGUCUGCCCCGGGAGGCCUCCUACGAGUGCCUGUGCCCUGGGGGCUUCUCAGGGCCCCACUGCGAGAUGGGGCUGAUGGAGAAGUCGGCGGGGGACCUCGACGCACUCGCCUUUGAUGGACGGACCUACGUUGAGUACCUCAACGCUGUGACAGAGAGCCCCGAAGCGCCGGGUUCCGGGGCCCUUCAGAGCGGGAAGGCGCUGCAGAGCGACCACUUUGAGCUGAGCCUGCGCACGGAGGCCACGCAGGGGCUGGUGCUGUGGAGCGGCAAGGCCACGGAGCGGGCCGACUACAUCGCGCUGGCCAUCGUGGACGGGCGCCUGCAGCUGGCCUACGACCUGGGCUCCCAGCCCGUGGUGCUGCGCUCCACCGUGCCGGUCAACACCAACCGCUGGCUGCGGGUCCGAGCGCACAGGGAGCAAAGGGAAGGCUCGCUUCAGGUGGGCAACGAGGCCCCUGUGACCGGCUCCUCCCCUCUGGGCUCCACGCAGCUGGACACAGAUGGAGCCCUGUGGCUGGGGGGCUUGCCGAGACUCCCCGUGGGCCCCGCCCUGCCCAAGGCCUACAGCGCCGGAUUCGUGGGCUGCCUGCGGGACGUGGUGGUCGGGCGGCGAGCCCUGCACCUGCUGGAGGACGCCAUCACCAGGCCGGAGCUGCGGCCCUGUCCUGCCGCGUGAGCCGCCACAGCCUCCGCCACCUGCUGCAGUCCUUUUAUAUUUUUGUACACUUGUUGCUUUUUUGAUAUGAUUUUCUUGCCUACAUUUGGCUGGAAGGACUCCGGGCCUGGCAUCCCUCCUGUCCAGGCAGGCGAGCUGCAGAGACACACGGUCAGGGCCAGUGGGGCAGCUCGGAGUGCCUGGCUCUGCCUCAGGGGGCGCCCGCCACCUCCACCCAGCCCCGCCUGCCGUGCUCCCUGCCCGUGGGCAGACGGACACACCGCCCUCUGCUGGCGGGGCUGCACCUGGCAAAGCACCAGAGGGGAAGCUGCUGCAGGGGUUGGAGAGGACCCUCCCAGGCCUACAUUGAGCUGGUCCUUCUCCUGCUGUGAGUGGGCCAGGCUCCCCAGGACUAGCCUCCCGCCUGGCCAGCCCCUCCUGGGCCUCCUGUGCCAAUACUGUGACUUAGAAAUGACGUUCCCAUUGGGGCCACAUGGCGCCACAUCCCCCCUCCCCAACAGUGUCUACCAGUCCCAGGGUGCUGAAGAGCAGAGGCCAGACCCAGGCCUGUUCCAGGGCCCUAACCCUCAGCUGGCCCUGCCCACCCACCCAGCCAGCUUGGACAUGGCUGUGUCCCCUCCCCGACACCUCAGGCCACAGGAGGGACAAGGAGGCAGUGGGCAACUGUGGUGUGGACGAUGCGCGUCACCUGCUUGCCUGGGCAGCCAGUGUCCCCCCCUACAGGACAGAUGUCCAGGCGACCACCAGCCACAGUUCCUAAUGCUGUUGCUGUUUGGCAUCUGGGGUGACGGGCCGUCACCUGGGGCCAAGCGGAGCUGAGGACGCUGCGUGGCAAACCCUCCCUCUGGCUCUGGGGUGAGGGGCAACUGUCCUCAUCUGAGGACAACCAGAAGUCAGUAGGUGUCUGACCGAGGCCAGGAGGCAGGUGCAGGGACGGCAGUGAGGCCAGAAACGCCUUAAACUGCAACACCGCGUCCUGACCCGCCCCGCCCCCUCUGAGCACAGCCUGCACCCCCGCACUGGUGGGCUGCUGGUCCCUGCUCCCAUACCUGGGCCUGGGCUGUUUGGCCCAAGGGCUGAAGGGGCCCGAACAUCCCAUUACUAACUCCAGUCCGUGUCUGUGUCAAUCACCGUGAAAUAAAGUCUGAACAUGUCA